UACUCACCAUUCAGAUUAAACAACUGCCUGCUCCCGCUUCACUUGGGCUCUUAUUUACCCCCACACGAAAAAAGAUAUUUAUAAACAAAUUCAAGCAUGCCGUCUGCAGUCAAGUUGUGCAACUGUUUUCUAUGUUAGAACAGCCACUGGCACUGUUUUUCUGUGAGAAAUCUCUAAAAGUGCAGACACACCUGUUUUUUCUUUGGAGAGUGUUUUUUAGUGUAUUUUUUUUUCUCUGUCGAACAAGCACACCUGUUGUGGAUUCUGGGUAUAAUUAGUGCAUUAGGUACAGGACAACCACCUCCAUUGAUAACUGCAUGAUAAUUUUGAUUUGCGAAGGAUUUUUUCACAAUAUUUGGCUGUGUUGUUGACUGAUGUUUAAUGUGUGAUCGAUUUCCCCCCUUUGGGACAAACCCUAUUAUGCCAAUGCUUGGUGAACCUUCCUUGGGAUUUCCUGACCCCUUGAGGGGGAGCCUACUGGGACUGCCACCUUAUAGUCACCCAGGAUUUGGACUGGGUAUGGGACCCAUUGUGCCUGUCCCCCUAUGGAGGCCUGUAGCUACCCACCCCUCAGCUCUUAUGUGUAACAGUAUUGGUUGCCCCUGCAAUAGAUCGUCUGUGGCAAUGAGUGAACUUUUGGACAUGUAUAGCAAGAGUUCUCCCCCUUCCUCAGAUCCUUGGAGGCCAUGGUACCCAAAACGCUCAGUGUCUGGUGAAUCCUACUACAAAUCCAUUGACUCCCGCCAGUCACCCAGCAAAGAACUGCCAACAAAGCUGUUAAAGCAGGAUCGUAUCAAAGAGAGGCAGGAAUUGUCCCAGACCCUACAUUACGACAGGGACCACCUCCUGAAACUCAAAAACAGAUGUGUGGCACCUCAGCCAGGUCAACCUCCUGUAGAAGGAGAAGUGUAUAGAAAUGGUGACCAUCACAUUUCCCCCUUGGAUUCCUACGCACUCAGACGACACUACAUACUCCCUCCCCAAGGGCCAAUCCGAGACCCCCGGGGAUCUCCCCCCAAAUAUUCCUCCAUAGAAUCCCAUGAUGCUCCUCUGAAUCUCUCAUUGUCUAGUUCCUCGCUGCCCUCGACUUCUUCAGCAUUCUCCUCCCAAAUCCAGCGCCCCUCGGUCAUCACUUGUGGUCCCACAGCAACGGAGAGGAGCACUCACUAUAGCAGCGUGUCACCCCCUCACACUCCUCAUGCAGUGGCCAGUCCCAAAAGUCGACAGGUCAUAUCUGCAGGAUGUGAGCCAGACAUUGAAGAGCAUUUCAGAAGGUCACUGGGGAGGGACUACAUGACAUCAAACUCCCCCAAACUUGUGAACCCUCCUCCUCCUCCCCCUCCACCCAAAGUGCCCACACCCCCAGUAGAAGUAGCCAAAACAACAAGGAACAGUGCUUCACCCAAGGAAGUGGAUAAGAAUAAUCCAGCUAAUGUAUCCAUCACAGGUUCAGUAGAUGAUCAUUUUGCGAAGUCACUUGGUUCCAACAUGUGGUCAGCCUUGAAGGCAAAGAAUGACCCUGAGGUCGGGACAGUGGAUGACCACUUUGCCAAAGCACUAGGAACCAGCACCUGGUUACGAAUCAAGAAGGAAAAGGAAACAAAUGGCGCCACCUCCCCUCCAUCAUCGCCGCAGCAACAGAGACCAAACUCAUCCCUGGUGUCAACAUGAUAGCAGAAGUGGUGAAAAUCAGACACAAAAAUAAACUGUACACUGCAGCAUGGGAUUAAAGUGAAUCCCUAAACAUUAUACCAGUACUGCCAAGGAACAAUCCCACUGAAUCCCAGUCAAUGGGAUCAGUGACAGAAGUCCUUCAUUUGUACUAUUUACGGACACUCUUUGUGCUUAUGUAACGUACUGUGUGAAGAUGAAUUCUUGCACAUCACAAUCUGAGCAGAUGAACUGGUACUGUGGACAAGCAAGCAAAGUAAAACCCUGCUCAGUAUUUUUUUUGGUGACUCAGUGUGAAAAAAGACACCUUGUGCACCCGAUUUUCCUGGUCCCUUACUCAUACCGAUACCAAAUUGUUCUUGUAGCACAUGGCAGUUUUUGAGCUUGUUUUGCUUUCUUUUUAAUCCCAUUCUGAUGGCUGUGGACAAAAAAAGACACACAUCUACGCAUGCUCGAGCUCUGAUCUCUCCACGCCUGCAGAUGGGAUAUUCCACAACUUUUUGGUGCUUUAUUUCUUCUUGCUUAAUGAAAAAACUUUAUUUUUUGUUUCAUUUUAAAACGAGUGUCUGGUGCUCAUCAUGUUUUUUUUCAGCCAUGGUCUGAAAGUUGCUCACUGUUAAUGUACAUGACAAGAGUGGAUGUUGAUGGUGAUGAGUUCUUGAUUUAUAUGUUAAUAAUACAUGUAGAUAUUUGUUUACACAAGUGGGUAAAUAUUUUAAAUGUAUAUAAUUGUGGGAUGUUAUUGGUUGAAGAAUAUAUUUGUUUAUCAUUUUAUGAUUUACUGUAUGAAAGAAGUUUUUUCUCAUUUAAUGAAAUGAUUUUUUUUUAACAUCAAUAUGUUUGAUUGAAGAUUUUUGUUUUGAUGACCAUAUUUUUGAAUGCAAAAAAUACAUUCCAUCAUGUGUAUGUUUGAGUGUCUGUGUGCAUGUGUGUGAAAAUGAUAGCAAGGUUAGCCAAGCCGCACGAGCGUGACACGUUAUUUGUCAAAAUGCAUCUCAUCAAGCAAGCAUGCUUCCUGUAUAGGUCAUAGAAGAGGUCUUGAGGCAUGUCAACACAAAAUGGGCGGAGGCGUGUGUUUAUAUAAUACGCCAAGUGGACCAUGUCUAAACAAUCUAGCAGUAAUGACUAACAAAUGAUCUACAUAUUUAAAAGUAUGAUGAAAUCCCUUUGGCAGGGUCAUUAUAUUUCUAUUGGCAGAUAGUUGAUUUAAGACAAAGAGAAAAGGCAAAUGAUUAGAGGAAUUUUAAAAUGUGAACUACUAGUCGUUUCUGUCUGACUUAAAUUAAUUCAUAUGUUCGACACACCUGUGUUAUUAAGGUAUAAAAUAUGUACAUGUAAAUUAAUUAAUGGAUAUCAGAGAGCUUCUUUUUUUUUUUUACCUUUUAGAUGUAUAGGUAGCAAAUUUCAUUGAAUAAUUACUUUUUCAUUCAUUCGUCAUUUUUAUUUAUGGAUAGAAAUGGUGAACAAAAACUAGAAAACAUGAAUGAAAGAAAAACAGACAAUUGCAAAAAAAAUGCAUCUUUUUAGUCAUACAUAAUAGUUAUAUACUUCGGUGCCUCUUGAUACAUGCUUUGAUGAACGCUGACUGUGCUUGAAUGGAUGAAAGAUGAGGUAACUUGAAUGAGAAUAUGAGAGACAGAAACAGAGAGAUGGAUGCUAGGAUAAUUAUGGCAGCUUCUGAUGCUGAAUAGAUGUCAAGGGUGUGUGACAGAAUGUAAAUAUAAAUACGUAUAUUACAGUGUGAAAAGUUAUUGUUUGUGUCAUAUGUUUCUCUCUGUUACCAUGGUUCCACUUUUCGCUUUACGUUGUGUAUUAUGUUCAACUUGUUGUCAUAUUUUAGUAUUUUUGACUUUAUUGAGAGAAAAAUAUAAUAGAGAAAAAACUAUUGUGAUGAAAAAAAAUGAAUAAAAGUACAUUUGAAUAUGA